AUGGAAACAGGAAAUCAAACAGCAAUCACAAACUUCCUCCUCCUGGGAUUCACAGAGGACCCUGAAUUGCAGUCCCUCCUCUUUGGGAUGCUCCUGCCCAUGUACCUGGUCACCAUCACAGGGAACCUACUCAUCAUCCUGGCCAUCACCUCAGACUCACACCUCCACACCCCCAUGUACUUCUUCCUCUCCAACCUGUCCUUUGCUGACAUCAGUUUCACCUCCACCACCGUCCCAAAGACACUGGUGAACAUACAGACUCACAGUAAAGCUAUCACCUUUGGAGGCUGCAUCACACAAAUGUUUUUCUUCAUUGUGUUUGGCUGCCUGGAGAAUUUGCUGCUGACAGCAAUGGCCUAUGACCGCUUUGUGGCCAUCUGUCACCCCCUGCACUACAGGGUCAUCAUGACCCCGCGGUUCUGUGGGCUGAUGGCUCUGGGGUCCUGGAUGACCAGUGUCAUGGGAUCUCUUUCUGAGAGCUUGACUAUUUUGAGGUUGUCCUUUUGCACUAAUACCAAAAUCCCACAUUUCUUUUGUGAUCUGCCUGAAGUCCUGAAGCUUGCCUGUUCUGACACACUCAUCAAUAAAAUUAUAGUGUAUUCUGUGACCAUCAUCCUAGCUGUUUUUCCCCUUACUGGGAUUCUUUUUUCUUAUUCUCAGAUUUUCUCCUCCAUUCUGAGAAUAUCAUCAGCAGGGGGCAAAUACAAAGCCUUUUCCACCUGUGCGUCUCACCUCUUGGUGGUCUCCUUGUUCUAUGGCACAGGCCUUGGAGUCUACCUCAGCUCUGUAGCCACACUGUCCUCUAGGAUGAGUCUGAUCGCCUCAGUGGUGUACACCGUGGUCACCCCCAUGCUGAACCCCUUCAUCUACGGUCUGAGGAACAGGGACAUGAAGGGUGCUCUGAGGAGACUCCUCAGCAAGAUGGUACCUGUCAGUGAACAGACCAUGGCAGGACUGUGA